UGGCGGCAAAACAAAGCUAAUGCUAAACAAGUGAAACGAACGUGUGUAAUAAACCUGUAAUUCACUAUUUUUUUUUUCUCACGUGGGAAUGUUCACACUACAUCGAGAGACAUCCAUUUUCGGUUUGUUCUGACAACACAUUCAUUAAUGUUAAUGUUACAGUAAAGUUAGAAUCAAGAUAAUCUGACAACGGACAUAAACAUUAGCUAAUUCACCGCUAGCUUAACCGUUCAUCAUGUGGGGUGAAAUCGAUCCUCCAGUUAAAACACGACCGAGUUCGUGUGAGAGUGAAGACGAGAGUGAUUCACCGGAAGAACCCGUGACACUGUCCCAAAUAUGUGACUUUAAACGCCCCACGGAGGCCCAGCAGCCGCGACAAGAAACACGGUACGUGAGCCAGGCUGAGACGAUCUGUGUGAAUGCCAUGGUGGACGCCAUAGCCAUGAGUGGAAGCCGAGUGAAGAGCCAGCAGAAAGGAGAUGCUGAACUGACCCUGAAGGAGCGCAGAGAGGAGCUGCUGCAUCAGUACAGGAGCAGACCGCUGGUGUUCCUGGAGAGGUACCAUGUCUGCCUCAAGCCCCAGAACCUGUCAGCGUUUGCCCACGUCCUCUCAGAUCCACGUGUUCUUCACUACAGCGAUGUGAUACAGAGACGGGCUGCGGCGCUCACCAACAGGACAAGGGUUCGAAACCAGCGCUACGCCGCCCUCAGGGCCCUGCAGAGGGAGGGUGAGUAUUUCAGUGAGGAGCAGAUGAGGAUAAGGGAGCCGCUGUUGUAUGAACAAUAUAUCGGCCAGUACCUGACUGAUGAGGAGGUGCUGGAGCGCUCCCAGGAGGCCAUGCAGGACGAUGCACAGGUGGGACCAGGGGCGCCAGCGGGAGGCACAGGAGGGCUCGCCCACCUCCUCCUCAGCUCCUACCAGGAGCGUCUCAUCCAGAAUCGCCUGCAGGAGGAGCAGGAGAGAGAGGACGGAGCACGGGAGGAGGAGGAUGAGGACGAUGGCUAUACUUUCCAGCAGAAGCAAUGGCAGCCCACCCCAGAGGAGAAGGCCCUGUUCAGGGAGGAGUUCAUCAGUCAGAUGCACCAGCGCUUCCUAGACGGCAAAGACAAGGAUUUCAACUACAGUGAGGUGGACGAGAACCCAGACUACGACAACUUGGACAUAGUCAGCAGAGAUGCGGAGGAUAAAUACUUUGAUGAAGAUGACGAAGAGGAGGAGGAAGAAGAGGAGAUGGAAAAUGAUGAUGAUGAAGGAGAAAAUAUGACGGAAUAGCGUCUGUAGUAGAAGUAACAACUCACUGCUUUGAUUGAUCUGUAAAUACAAAUGUACAAAUUAAGGAUAUGUAUUCUAUUUGUUUUUUCAUUUUACACAUUGAACCAAUGCAAACACAGCUGGUUAUAAAUAUUGUUUCGGAGUCUUUUGCAAAUGUAAAUAUAGAGCCCUUUAGUUACCCUAUGACUGACGGUUUACUAUUCACCUUAUUUACGUCAUGAACAAAUCAAAUGAAAAGCAACAUUAGAACAAGGAACAAGGACCCAAUUACCUUACAAGAGGAGAUCAAGUGUUGGCUGACAUAUAUUAUCAUAAAAAACAGAAAAUAAAUGUACUUCUUUUAUAUUUAGUUUUUAGGUCAAUGUGUGAGAUCUGCGUCUCCAAAAGCUGAGACGAGCACAUUUGAAGUUACAAAUGUAGUCAUGUCUCCGAUAAGUCAAGUUUUCUGGCUGACUUUUCAGCUUCAUCGAUAAUAAAAUGCUAUUUCACAAACUACACUUCUGGUUUGUACUUCUUUGAUCAUGUGGUUACAUAUUUACAUUCAUUCUAUGGCUGGUACACGGUACUAUCAUCUUCUGUCACAAUGACAGAGGCCAUGUUUUGAGAAUUUAAGAGUUCAAGUUUACAUCUGGGUCCAUAUUCAUCAAGUGGCCCGGAACCCUGACAGGGACUCAUUUUUGCUUUCACUUUUAAAAAACGUUUUUAAAAAAGCCUCUUCUAGCCAGAUUUUGGGAGAACUGCACAGCUGAUCUGACUUGACUGCAUGGCCGACCAUUGCCUUGCAGCUGCCCAACAAUAAUAAUUAUGACCA